AUGGAGUAUGCCAAAAAGACUUUCCAGGAACCACCUGGCAAGGCCUUGUGGGAGUAUCAACGGCUGUUCGAGCGUGUCUUUGGCGACAUUGGAUCCUGCAGAAUUGAAGAAGCCGCCGACGAGCCGCUUCAAGGAUCUCAUCGGCUAGUCAGUUCCGUGACAGCUCUGGGUCUACACCACAACGACGAAAAGAAAUACACGGACCGCCUUCAAUCCUGGGAAAACUUCAAUCUAUGCUGGCAAGCGCUGGGACAAAAACAGAAAGACAUGAUAUCAGAAACCUUGGAGACCGGAAGGCAACCUGCAGACAUACUUUCAGCGGACACUAUCAAGAGUCUGAUGGAUGAUUUGGUGGACAUAGGUGAUAAACCGGAACCGUAUAGCCUAGUCGACUUCGAGAUGGGCUUUUGGGAAGAGGAGAUCAUCCACGUGUUAACCGAGUGCCUCGAUGACGCCCACGGACGGAGAUCAAUGUCGGUCGAAAGGGAGCCAAACUCGUCACCCGUCUCCGCGGACUGUUCGGACGAGUUCUAUCGAAAUUUUGCGCCGUGGGAAGGGGGUUAG